GUGGUAGUGGCAAGGUGAAUGGUGGGGCCGUUCCAAAGCAACUUCACGACGUCAACAUCCUAAGGGGCGGUGGAGGAGCGGCUCAGUCUUGACAUCUGAUGCAUGAAACUACAAGGAGAUCUCCGUCUUUGAGGAACCCUUCACUUCCCAUCCAAGUCUGCUAAAGCAUGGCAACAAUCCGCCACGGGCUCCAGAGGGAUGUGUUUGAGCCCAGCGAGGAACGGCUGGUUGGUGUGCUGUAUGUCACCAAGCUGGGCAAGAAGAAGAAGACCAGCUUCCUGUGUGCCACCAUCAACAAAGAGAAGCCUGUCUAUGCCACCAUCCACCAGGUUAAGAAGACAGACAAAGAUGUAUACAAGAAGAAGACUUCAUGGCCCUUACGAGAACUCCAAGUGGUGGAUGGAAGAGAUGAAAAUAAGGACACGGCAGAACUGGACCUGACAUUUGAUCGAGUUUACAAGUGGGUGGCCAACAGCACACCUGACAAGCACACCUUCAUCCAAGUAUUAUGGAAGCUGUGUUCCCAUUACUUACCCAAGCAGAAGCCCCAGUUCAUAAACAUUCCAACAGAGCUAAUCGAAGAGAACACUGACCUCGCUGAGAGUGGAGAUGCCAACACCACAGCCCUGGACACCAUGGAUGCAGUGCUGGAAGAGGAGGGUGACUACCAAGCCCUGUCCGAGCGAGAGCAGCAGGACCUGGAGAGGCUAAUGGAGCAGUGUGACUCAGCAGUGAGCAAUGCAGAGGCCUUUGCAGAGCAGCUGUCACAGGAUCUUUCAGGACUUGAUGAUGCCAACAUCCACACCAUGAUGGCCUCAGAGGCACAGGUGGAGGCCCUCAUGGGGAUGAUCGAUGCUGCCUAUACUAAGGCAGAGGAGAUUGAGCAGAGACUGGACUCAUAUGAUGAAAUCUUGCAGCAUGUAAAGGAUUCCAUUGAAAAAAUGGCCGACAAAAACACCUCUAUUGAACAGACCAAUGCCAACAACUCUCGAUUGCUGGAGGAAUUGGGCCAUUUCAUCAAACAGCUCGACUUGUCCCGGAGUCAUGAACAAGACCUGCAACAGGCAGACUUAAAUAAGGGGAGCCUGUCCCAGGCCAUCCAGGCAGCAGAGGCACUGCAGGCUGUGAUCAGUGCACCCAUUCCUCCCCACCUGAUGCAGCUGCAGGCAGUGCAGGAUGAAAGAAAGCGUUUUGACAAGAUGAAGACCCGGUUCAGCUACGUAGUGUCGCAUCACCUCAACAACCUCUUCAUCCACCUUGGUAAUGACCUCGGGGAGACACUGAGCCAGCACGCUGAGCAGCUCACACUGCCACGCCACGAAAACCUCCAUGCUGAGCUGCAGCCUUACACACGCCUUAUACACUGGACACGUGCUCUUGACCAUCGUGCCUAUGAGCACCUCACCAAGACCUAUGCUUCCUCCAUCAGCAAAUUGUACGAACGUGACAUUCGUUGGUUCUUUGAAGAGGCCAGGCAGCGCAUAUCUGGUGGGCGAAGGCUGAGGGGCAGUGGCUCUAGUCAGGAUAUUGCUGGUGUGUCUGGCGUGGCAGGGAAGCUCACCUCCCAAAUCAAACAUGGUGCUCAGACACUGAGUACACGUACAGCUGCCUCAGGGGCCUUACUAGGGGUGGACAGGGAUCAGUGGGGCUCAGAACUUGAUAUGCAGGAACGUCAGAAGUUUGACGAAAUCUUUGAACGUGUCCUGAGCGAGCUGCAGCCUGUGUGCCUGGCAGAGCAGGAGUUCUGUAUUGGUUUCUUCAACCUGAAUGCUGCUACUCUUGAGAAAACACCAUCAUCAGUUGCCAGCACUCCAGGAUCCAGUGGGAGUGAGGAGAGCAGUGGGUCCACAACUACCUCCAGCAUGGGUAUGAUGGGCACCCCUGGGCCAGGCAGGGGCCGCCAGGUCAACAAGGAGGUGCGAUCCAUGAUGGGAGCAUUGUUCAGUAUUCUAGAACAACAACUGUCUUCCUUCAUCAACACCUAUGACCGGGCAGACUCCUAUUGCUGUCUCUACAUCUACGUGCGUCUCAGUGAGCAUGUCCUGACAGCCGAGGACACAGGCUCCUUCCUUAGCACCACCUUUGGUUCCUGUCUUGUACAAGCUAAGCGUAACUUUGACAGGUUCAUGAAUCUUCAGAUCGAUUCCAUAAGAGAAUGCCGUGUCACCAAAAAGAAGUGUGGCAUUCUGCCUUUCAUCACCAACUUUGAGGAAUUUGCCAAAACAGCUGAGUGUGUGUUCAAGAAGAGUGAGCGACGCACAGACCUUGACAAGUGGUAUGUGCGCCUCGUGACAGCCAUGUUUGAACACAUUCCUCGAGUGGCUGUGGAACACCAGCGCACCCCUCCUGAGGUGGUAAAGAUGGAGAACUAUCAUGUGCUGCACCAGAUGAUGUUCCAACUCAAGCUCCCUGGAAUGGACACCCAAAAGAAAGAAGCAAGACAGCGGUAUUCUGAAGCUCUGGGCCUAUAUGUCACUCAGUACUUUGGCAGACCCUUGGAGAAACUCAAUCAGUUCUUUGAGGGUGUUUCUGCCAAGGUGGCCAGUGGUGUGAAGGAAUCUGAAGUGGGCUAUCAGCUAGCUUACAGCAAGCAGGAACUCCGGAAAGUCAUAAAAGAGUAUCCUGGGAAGGAGGUGAAGAGGGGACUGGAGCAGCUGUAUAGAAAGGUAGAGAAGCAUCUGUCAGAAGAAGGCAACUUACUGCAGGUGGUGUGGAGAGCUAUGCAGGAAGAGUUCAUCCGGCAGUACAAGUACAUUGAUGACCUCAUCCAUCGCUGCUACCCUGGAGCCAUGAUCUCUCUUGAGUUUUCCAUAGAUGACAUUCUUAACUACUUUUCAGAUAUUGCUCAGUCCCACUAAGGUAUCAAAUGCAGUGUCUUACUUAUUACAGUUGUAUAUAUAUAUAUUUGGUAUGUAUAUUUAAAUGUAUAGUAGGUUUAUUUACAAUAGACACUUGGAGUCUAAUCAUGAUAACUCUUAUUAUUGUUAUUAUAGUUUUAAAUGAAAUACCUUUACAAAUAAUUUUCAUAAGACAGUUAUAUACAUUAUUUUGUUAAUCUUUUAAUUUGAUACAUGUAAAUAUUCAUAUGAAAUUAUAAUACACAGAAUGUUAUAAUGUUUUUUUUUAUAGUUUUCAUAUGAAACUAAACUUUUUUUGACUUUGCAUAUCAAUGGUAAAAUUAUUAUUCCAAUUUUGUGGUAAACCAUUCUCAUUCUUGAAGCAAAUCUGUGAUAUUCAUAAUCUUUAUAGAUUUUCUUCUGUGAGUAACAAUUAUGGUACAAAGGAACUACAAGUAUAUUUUAUCAUAACAUUGCUGAUAUGUACCAUACUGUAUAUUAUUUAUAAUCAUACUGAAAAUGCAUAAAUCCAUCGAAUACAAUUGAUUUUGGGGGGAUAUUUUACUAUAGUCAAAAGUUAUCCAUCUUUUUAGUGGCAGGUGCUAUAUGACAUGGGUAAGUGCUGACUUAUUAGGUACAAAUUAAAGAAGGAAAGUAAAUCAUAGAAGUAAGAGCAGUUACACAAUAUGACCAUAGAUUAACGUACAGGAAGACUAGUAGACCAAGAGAAUACACAUAAGUAUAGUAGAAGUGACUGGUAAUACAACUCUGGCCCAUAUAAGAUCCUAUAUUACAACACUCACACCUCAAUGUGUAGCCCUUAUUCACCCAGCAGCAAGUAGCAAGUAGGUGAGGAAGGGCUUUCAUCCUUACUAUCUUGGUUAAUGGGAAUAUGGGGAAUGAGUAAUCUCAGUCCUGUCUUAAGAUCAGUCACUGUAAACUCUGAUCUCUUUCUUUAGGGAAACAACUGGUUAUGUUGUGAGAUCAAGAGAUGACAGUGGUUGAAUAACACACACACACACACACACACACACACACACACACACACACACACACACACACACACACACACACACACACACACACACACACAAGAAAAACAGCUUCCUCCUUAGAGUGAUAGAUAUAUGGAACAGACUGGACAGAGAGUUGGUGUGUGCAAAGUCUAUACAUGACUUUAAGAGAAAAUUAGACACUGUGAGAUACAGAGACAGGACAGCACAAGCAUAGGCUCCCCUUCCAUAAAAUACAACUAGGUAAAUACGCACACACAGAUUAUGGCAUCUGACUGUUAGUUUUGAUAACACGCUUAAGUUAUAACUGUGUGAUGGUAACUUGAGGAGGAUUUCAGGCCUAUUCAUGUAGCAACAAAUUUGCAUGAUUAGAUUCAAGGAUAUAACAUUAUCUGUAUUUCACAAUAGUGUAUACUGCCUAUAUCUGGCUCAUGUAAGAACUGUUGGUGUAUAAAAAACAUGCACCACCUUCAUUUAAAGACCUAAUUGAAUGUUGCAUGUAAUAUUUCUGUUCUGCAGUGCCUAUUUCUAACCUGAAAGUAGAUUUGGCAUAUUUGAAUUAAAGCCCACUGAAAAUAGUUUUGAGUCUA